GACGUUUUCAUCUUUGUGCUAGCUGCCUUUCACGUGGUCCUCUGUGUGCUCAAAGUACUAUCUAUGAUAAUUCAAUGGAGCAUGCUGGAGAUAUACGACGAAUGGAGCAAAAAAGAUGACAUCCAAAAUGUACUCACAAAAAUUCUGGAACGUUAUAAAAACCCACUUGGCUCGUUCAGAUAUAUGCUCGUGUCGAUCCUGCAGAAGACGUUUACUUCUUUGACCGAGCAUGAGUACAUCGCUCUUCGUCAGAACUUCAUCGCGGCACGAAAUCCCAAGGAACCAGGGAAAGAUUUUCAGAAGUACAUAAUGAGGACUUUGCAAAAGGAUUUUGAGAAAAUGAUGGGAAUCAGAUGGUACUUGUGGUUAUGCGCUGUGAUUUAUUUACUCGUGAAUGUAGCCGGAUGGAAUGCGCAUUUUUGGGUAUCUUUCAUUCCAUUUACUCUUAUGGUCAUUAUCAGCAUCAAAUUGGAGAGAAUGAUAAUGAAACUCGCAAAAGAAGUUGCCAAAAAGCAUAAACACGACGAAGACAAGUCUAGCGAAAAUAGUGCAAAGGACUUGGUUUUUAAAUUUUCAGAAGACGAUUUCUGGUUCGCUGGGCUAAAAAUGGUCGGCAGGCUGCUUCACAUCGUGCUGUUUGUGAACUCUUUGGAGCUUGCUUUCUUCUUCUUUAUAAUGUUCCAGUAUGGUUUUCACUCCUGCAUUGUGGGAAAGGUUGGUUUUGUUGUCCCCCGAAUAGUAAUGGGAGUGAUCGUCCAGAUUGUGUGCAGCUCCAGAAUAUUACCACUGCACGCGAUUAUACAAUCACAGAUGCAUUUGGAGAAGAAGCAAUCGGACAAGCAGAAGAAAAUACGUAAGAUUAGGAGGCAUUUGGAGAAGUACGCAUCGGAUGAAGAGGAAGAAAAAGAGAUCGUGACCUGGAUUUCGGAGUUGAUUGAUAAUAGAAAGGAGCCGAACUCACCGGAGAAGUCCCCAGAUAUUGAACUGGCCUCGACAGAUUCGAGGGAAGGAUCUGUCAAGAGUAAGGUCUCGGACUCGCAGAAGAAAGUGUCCCAAGGCAGGGGUAGCUCCGGCGAAGGGAAGGCAUCGUUGAUCGCGGGUCAGACGGGACAGGGACGGCACGGGCGAAGCAACCGGCGCUCGGGCAUCGACGAAGGGGGACGUCUCGGCGUUGUUGGCGUCGGGCAGACCACCGGAUCUGCAGCAGCGACUGGUGGAGAUGGCUCGCCGGAAGGCACCGGGGUCGUCGUGAGGAGACGAGCGCUGCGACUGGAGUGGGUUCGUCAGGGGGCGGUUCGGGCGGCAGCGAGCAGGUUGCUCGCGAAGGAGGCACGGCGAGGGGCACUGGCGCUCGGGCGUCUGGAUCUGGAGUGA